CCCCAGCUGUCACCCAUUUGCUGUCUCCAACAUUCCUGCCACCUUCGUCCUUGCUUCCUUCCUGCAGAGGGUGGACAGUGGCUCGUCGGCCAGCACCCUGGACUCCUUCCCUCCCUAAUUCCAUGGGACUGGCCCCAAGACAGUGUCUUCUCGGGUCCCCAGCCCCUUUCCAGCCCUGACUGUGAUCUUCAGUGUUCUUUCUGAUGAUGUACCACAGCUCCUCCCUCCUGGGAGCCGGCUCCAUAACUUGAUUUCCCCCAAAAGUGUCACAAUCUUUGCUGCCCCUUGCUAGCUACUCAGGCCACCCAGGGUCUGGUGUGGGCAUGAGUGUAGAGGAUGGGGGUGCGCCAGGCCUGGGCCGUCCCAGGCAGGCCCGCUGGACCCUGAUGCUACUCCUUUCCACAGCCAUGUAUGGCGCCCAUGCCCCGUUGCUGGCACUGUGCCAUGUAGAUGGCCAAGUGCCCUUCCGACCCUCCUCGGCUGUGUUGUUGACUGAGCUGACCAAGCUGCUGUUAUGCGCCUUCUCCCUCCUGAUGGGCUGGCAGUCAUGGCCCCGGGGGGCCCCACCCUGGCGCCAGGCUGCCCCCUUCGCAUUGUCAGCCCUGCUCUAUGGCGCUAACAACAACCUGGUGAUCUAUCUUCAACGUUACAUGGACCCCAGCACCUACCAGGUGCUGAGCAAUCUCAAGAUUGGAAGCACGGCCCUGUUCUACUGCCUCUGCCUCCGGCACCGCCUCUCUGCACGCCAGGGCUUAGCACUGCUGCUGCUGAUGGCAGCGGGGGCCUGCUAUGCAGCUGGUGGCCUCCAGGACCCUGGGAACACCCUUCCUGGGCCCCCUCAAGCAGCUGCAGCCAACCCCAUGCCCCUGCAUAUCACUCCACUAGGACUGCUGCUCCUCCUCCUGUACUGCCUCAUCUCAGGCUUGUCGUCCGUGUACACAGAGCUGCUCCUGAAGCGACAGCGUCUGCCCCUGGCACUUCAGAACCUCUUCCUCUACACUUUUGGUGUGCUCCUGAACUUGGGUCUGCAUGCAAGUGGUGGCCCCGGCCCAGGCCUCCUGGAAGGUUUCUCAGGAUGGGCGGCACUCGUGGUGCUGAGCCAGGCACUGAAUGGACUGCUCAUGUCAGCUGUCAUGAAGCACGGCAGCAGCAUCACACGGCUCUUUGUGGUGUCCUGCUCACUCGUGGUCAACGCCGUGCUCUCAGCAGCCCUGCUGCGGCUGCAGCUCACAGCUGCCUUCUUCCUGGCCACGCUGCUCAUUGGCCUGGCUGUGCGUCUGUACUAUGGCAGCCACUAGCUCCUGACCACCUCCACCCUGAUUCCUGACCCCGUAGAUUGGCCACCACAAUCAGAGCCACCUCCUAGCCCCACCCCACCCCACCUCAGCAGCCCUGUAACAAGUGCCUUGUGAGAAAAGCUGAGGAACUGAGAGCAGCCAGGUGAGUCUCUGGAGGCAGGUGAAUGAAGGCGUACCCCAGGGAGAUGUGUAGAGUGGGUUUGGUUAAGGAAACUCUUAACCCGCCCCCAAGUCCUUCCAGACUAAGGAAUUGGGGGAGCAUCAAUACCUAAGCCUGAAAAAUGACCCCAUCCCUGAUGGAAGAGGCCCCCUGCCUCACCUUGCAUGAAUGCAGUUGCUUAAAGUGGGGCGUGGGCAACAGUUGGUUUUCCUUGCUUACUGUGGUCACUCCAACAGACCCACUGCCUGCAGUCCUGCUGCUGGCUGCCUCAGUUCAGCCAUGGUGCAUGACUCCCCCAUAAAGGAUACUCGCCACCCUCUAGAGAAAAGCCCAAUUGCCACAGAU